GCGUCAUGUAUCGGAUGAACCCAAAGAAAUUCCCCCUCCAAUUCUUUGCAACAUAUGCGAGUGAGGCUGGCUGGAAUGCGUUCCAAAGGAGGGAAUUGGACACACUUGUUUGAAAGAAAGAAUGUUGUAGUUGGCUUGUGAGCAGUGGACCUCGUAUCCUUUAAAUAAACUUUAAAGGAAAAGAAAAAAUAGAAAAACAUUUAAAAAUAAGAAAUGUGAAUGAAGAAGAGAGGAGAGGGUAAGUAAAAGAUAGGCUAGGCGAGGUGAGUGAGUGAAGGGAUGAAGUGCUUGUCUUGCAAGGAACGUUACGACGCAGUAGAGGCGGGAACGUGCAGGGAGUGCUACGAGGAGGCGAGCGAAACUGAAGAAGAACUGAAGCGUGAGAUCGAAGAACUCAGGGCAAAAGUCUCUUUCCUUGGCUUUCGAUCUACUUUCACCGACGUCCUUCUGCUUGCCGUUGACUUGGAUUCCGGCAAUCCGCUCCCCAAUUCCGCUCCUGUCCCCGCCAAUAAGGCCGUACUUGCCAGCAGAUCACCUGUGUUUAGAGCCAUGCUGGAAACUGAAAUGGAAGAAAGCCUAAGUGGCACGAUCAAACUAAGCGAUGUAUCGUACGAUGCCCUGCGUACAUUUGUCAACUAUCUGUACACAGCCGAGGCGUGUCUUGAUGAUGACAUGGCAUGCAAUCUUUUAAUAUUGGCUGAUAAGUACGAAGUGAAGCAUCUAAAAACAUACUGCGAGAAAUUCUUGAUUUCCAAACUCAUCUGGGAGACCUCACUUAUAAGCUACUCAUUUGCUCAUCAGCAUAAUGCGAAGAACUUGAUUGAUGCUUCAUUAUCGUUAAUUUUGGAUAACAUGGAUAAAUUAAGCAAGCGGGAAGAAUAUUUGGAACUUGUUGAGAAAGAUCCUCGGCUUGUUGUAGAAAUUUAUGAAGCUUAUUUGUCUAAACAGGUUAAUACUGCUGUUGUUGCUACUACUCCCUGCAAUGAUGAUUGAUGGAUGAUAAGCUUAAUUAUUACUCCUCCCAUUAUUCCUCGUAAUGUAUAUCUUAGGUGUAGUUAUGGUUGUUUUUUCUGUUGUUUCAGGUUUAGUUUUGUGGAUGUUUUGUUUUUGUUAUGUUGGAGGAAUUUUGGCUUUUGAAUUGCAACAACUAUAUUUUGGCUUUUGGAUCGCCUCAUUCAGUCAAAAUAACGUGGUUUAUGCUUUUCAUAAA